GGGGUCGAGAGGGAUUUCAGUGUCCCCGUCCCCCUCCCCACAGAGUCACCCCCAAGAUGGUGUCGAUGCUGAAGCGCAAUUCCUGCGGGAAGGCUCUGGGGGUGACAGGGGACACGGGGUGACAGGGGACAUGCUGGGGGGUCCAAGGGGGUCCCAGGGGGAUUUCAGUGUCCCCGUCCCCCUCCCCACAGAGCCACCCCCGAGAUGGUGUCGAUGCUGAAGCGCAAUUCCUGCGGGAAGGCUCUGGCCAUCGCAAGGGACGCGCGGGACAUGCUGGGGGCCAACGGGGUGUGCGACGAGUUCCACGUCAUCCGGCACCUCCUCAACCUCGAGGCCGUCAACACCUACGAGGGAACCCACGACAUCCACGCGCUGAUCCUGGGCCGGGGCAUCACCGGGAUCCAGGCGUUCGCCCCACCCAGGGGGACGUAGAGGGGACAUCGAGGACAUGGGGACAACGGGGACACCGAGGGACACCGAGGACAUGGGGACACCUGGGACAUCAAGGACAUGGGGACAACGGGGACAAUGGGGA